AUGGCGUCGGCAGUGGACGCGUUGGCAGCAGCUAACGCAGCAACUGCUGCUAUCGCAGCAACCGACGCACGGAUUGACGCCAUUAAAGUCGGUAAGACGGCCAUUGCUACCCAAUUGGCUCAACUUUUGGCCAUCGUUCAAGGUGGUGGCGCUGGUGGAGGCGGUGGCGCUGGUGGCGGUGGAGGUGGACCUUUGUUGCAUCCAUUACCUCCACAACGACGGCGGCUGGAUCCAUCCGGGGUAUUACGAGACAACACGGUAACCAACCGAGCCGCCAUCGACAAGUGGGACAAAGACGACAACUUGGCCCUCGGCUACCUGUUCAAUACCUGCAGUGAGGAGCAGCAGAACUCCCUACUCACACCUGAUAUGGCUCACUCCGUCUGGAAUUCCCUCACGAGCAGAUACCAGCAGAACACCGUCGAGAGGAGACAAUCUCUACAGCAGGACUUCCUGAACUAUCGUUUUAAGUCGGAGCACACCGUGAGAGAAGAGCGUAGGAAGUCCAACUGCAACGGUGGAGAGCUAAGUGCUGACGACAAGGCCUACUUCGGAUUCUCACCCAUAUCCACUGGAGCUGGAAGGUCGAUCCCACCGACGUAUCAAAGAUCCGAAAACAGGCCGAGUCCCUAUCCUAAGACGGGCAGAGGACGAGGCAGAGGCGGACGCAACGUCAGGUUUGCCGCAUCAAACGGGAGGCCUCGAACAACCACAAGCUGCACCUUCUGCAACAUAAUCGGCCAUUAUGAGGAGACAUGUAACCACAAGACCAAUGGGGCACCUCUCUGCAGCUACUGCAAUAUUGUCGGACAUGACGUGGAGGUGAGCUACCGCAAAACUCAAGAUGGCGAAAAGGCAAUCGUCGCCGAACCACAAAUUGACUCAGAGAAUCAAAACUCUGCCUACGCAGUGGUACUUCCAUCAUCUGGAUCACGAUCAAGCACCGACUUCUUCCUAGGCUCUGGCACGACUCAGUACAUCUCGGACCAAAAAUGGCUGUUUAAAAACCUCAGGACCUUCCCAAUCGGAUCAAGAUGGAUCGCAGGAAUCGUUCAAACGAAGCCGCACGAUCCAUGGUGUCCUGUACGCCCCAAACAUCGGCAUAAACUUGGUAUCCAUCGGUGCCAUUACCAACAACGGCGCAGAAAUCCACUUCACCGGCUCCCAAGCCCUCAUUGUUCGAAACGGAGCCAUAGAGAUGACCGCAGAACGCGUUGGAAGGACUUUAUACCUCCUGAACAUCUUCGUCGUGACAAACGAUGUCGCAUCAAUCGCCCGACCUAUCGAGAGCUCAAUUCAGGAGUGGCACCAACGCCUGGCUCUCACAUCAGCUAUCGAACCAUUAUUAAGAUGGCAGAAAGCGGGGCUGUGGACGACCUCAAUCUGCAACCGGGGACUCAACCUCCGCUGGCACGUUGGCAUGAGUGCGCGGUCGGAAAAAUGAAACGUCUCGUCUUCCUCACCAGCUCCACUCCACAAGCCACCCGCAUCGGCUCCCUCAUCCACAGCGACGUCUGCGUACCAAUGCAGGUAUUUAGCAUAGGCGGCGCACUUUACUAUGCGCUUUUACAAGACGACUCCAGUGGAUUCCGCGUUGUACGCUUUAUCAAUCAAAAGUCCGAGGUCGCCGCCUGCUUCAAAGACUUUGUCAGCCUACUGCACGCUCAAACGGGCCAACUGGUUUCCGUGCUCCGCUCUGACAAUGAAGGGGAGUACGAGGAUCACGAACUUCAGGCCUGGCUAAGAAAGAAGGGAAUCCGCCACGAAACAUCCUUCCGACAUACACCUCAACAGAACGGCGUCGCGGAGAGAGAUAACAGAACCCUGAUGGAAGGCGCGCGGACUCUCAUCCACUCCAACCGAAAUCUCCCGCUGACUCUUUGGGCAGAAGCAGUCAGCUGCUUUACACACACGCUAACCGUACCCUCUCCAGCACACACUCCAACAAAACCCCGUACGAGGCCUGAGAUCAGAAGGAAACUUGAUCCGAAGGGCCUACUGUGCUACUUCUUUGGCAACUCGGACACUCAAAAGAGCGACCGCUACUGGAACGCACUCACUGGAAAGGUGAAUACCAGCCGCGACGUCACUCCGAGCCGCCACCACUACGAAAGGGGCCUUCCUCAAGAGGACCGGCAGAACGGCCUCGAUGUCUUCCCAACAAAUGAACCACCGGCACCUUCGACGCCGGAAGUACCGACACGACAAAGCAAAUCAACGGACUUCAGAGAAGACCGAAUCGUUAUCGAGAAACACCCGAACUUCCCCUCUCUGCAGCCAAUACCGUUAGUCAACGAAAUUCGGCGAUCCGCUCGAGUCAAGGCUCGUAUCGAGAAAGAACUCAACAGCGACACGGCCGCCUCAGCACUCACCUACAACGAACCGGAUCAGUACCGCGAUGCAAUGGUACCUGGACUGGACUUCAACGAGGAUGAGAUCUACUCUCCGGUCAUCAAACAUGACUCGCUCAGGAUCAUUCUCUCCAUCGCAGCGACCCUGGACCUUGAGCUUCAUCAGCUAGACAUGAAAACCGCAUUCCUCUACGGUGAUCUGGAGGAAGAGUUGUAUGUGCAGCAGCCAGAAGACUUUGUUAAGCCAAGGGAAGAAAAUCUGGUCUUCCGCCUCCACAAGCCGCUGUACGGCCUACGGCAGUCACCACGGAAGUGGAACGAGAAAUUCGAUUCAUUCCUUACUAAGUUCGGCAUGGUCCGCUCAGACGUGGACCCCUGCAUCUACUACAGUCGCAGCGACGACCCGAACGACUUCAUCGUAAUAGGGAUCUGGGUCGAUGACGGCCUGAUCGCAAGCAGGUCGACGACAAAAGUACGUGCCAUUAUUGAAUUUCUCAAAACACACUUCGAGAUGACUUCCGGCCCAGCCAACAGCUUCAUCGGCCUCGAAGUCUCAAGAGACCGACCCAACAAGACGAUCUACGUGACUCAAUCCCGCUACAUCCAGGUCCUUCUGAAAAGUUUCAGGAUGACAAACUGCAAUCCAUCAAGGAUCCCAGCUGACCCUUUCUCACGCCUCACCAGGACACCAGCUACAGACAGUCCCAAAGGCAACACCGAGUCAACGCAAUAUCGAGCACUUAUCGGUGGUUUGCUGUACGCAAUGGGUAUUACCCGCCCCAACAUCGCCUUUGCUGUCAUUGCAGCAUCUCGCCACUGUCAGAUCCCUUCCCUGUCAGACUUUUUGGUCGAAAAAAUUGGUUCUUUCAAGAAUGAAAUUCUUGAUAUUUCCAUCAAUUUUCCUUCAAUGACAAUUGAUGGAGCUGCGAAUUGCUUCCAUUUUGCAGAAACAAAAGUCCUGGAACCCAAAUUUAUUUGUAGAAAACCAGGAUUUUACUUAUAG